GAUUCGGAGCAGGUUUUUUUGCUCCGUGGCGACGAAACCGCAUUUCACUGGUAGAUUCAGAGUGGAUCCGCGCUUUUCACUGGUAGUUUCAGAGCAGCUCGCUCCGAGGCGGAUUGCUCGCACUGCUCCGCCGACAAGUCGCAGAUUCGGGCGGAAACACGACGAGCAGCAUACGUCACUUCCGUCGUUGUACGUUGCUGAGUUUUGCAAAAUGGCUGCGUUCGCUGCCUUGGCGGAACUUCUGUCUAGCGACGAAAGCACUUCAAGCAGCAGCUCGUCCAGCUCAGACGACGAAGACUUCGAGGAAAGACAAGCGCUAUGCGAAGCCUUCUUUCGGGAAACUUUUUCGGAGUCCCACCGCGAACGUCCCAAAAUUUUGGGGUUCAUCGAGAACGUUGCGCGGCUGUACACAGACGAGCAGGUAAGCGCGGAGCUCCCUCUUUUCAUAAUACUACAUGAACCUAAUUUCAUCUUUUUAUCAUUUCCUUCUCUGCAGUUCCGUCAAGACUUCAGGGUGUCGAGGCGUGUCGCGGAAACGUUGAUCCGUGGUUUUGAAGGCUCGCGUCACUACCCAUGCAGUGAUCGUGGUGGGUCCCCCUCGAAAACCGCGGAAGAGCACAUUCUGGUCUUUCUGUGGUUUGCUGCAAACAAGGCGUGCCUGAGGGACGUUGCUGGACGCUUUGGCAUGGCAACUGCGACAGCAUUUAGAGUCGUGGAGCGCACGCUCGAAUAUUUCCUUGAUAUAGCCGAAGAGGUAAUAUCAUUUCCAGGAGAUCUUGAUCAGCUGUCAGCGGACUUCGAACAAGUGUCAGGAGUGCCCAACACGAUCGGUUGCAUUGACGGAUCCUACAUAAGCAUCCGCUGCCCUGCAAAAAAAAGUGCGUUCAAACCUAUGUGAACA